AUGUCAUACCACAUCACAAUUAGUGAGAAAACUAAGCCUGAUUUGUCAAAUGGUGAAAUCGAGGACGCUCCUCCAAAGCUAGAGGAUGGCGGCCAAGUCACUGUUGAUGAGCUCAAAGAAGUGAACCUUGGCACCUCAGAGGAUCCUCGACCUACCUUCGUGGUUAAGGGGCAAGCUCUUGCCAACUUUAUAGCAGAUCAUCUGGAUCCAUCUGAUUGGGAAUUCAAAGACAACCUCCCAGACGAGGAAGUAUUCCAAAUAGACAUCUUGCCCCCAUGGGCAAUAUACUUCGAUGGAGCCGCACGACAUGAUGGUGCUAGCGCCGGUUUAGUAUUUGUUACUUCUCAAUGCAAAGUGUUGCCAUAUGCAUUCAUCCUCAGUGAACUAUGCUCAAACAACAUUGUUGAACAUCAAGCAUUGAUCAUUGGCCUCCAAAUGGCCACUGACAUGAAAAUUCUGGUGCUUAAAGUAUAUGGUGACUCACAACUAGUCAUCAACUAG